AAAAACAUCCACGCAAGGAUCCAGAAUGCACUUUAUUUAAAAACUGUUGAUGUAUGCUGUGCCACGUUAGCCAGCUAACACGUUGGCUGGCUAGAAGAAACCAGCCGCCUCGCUGGCGCUCGCUUCCAGCCUUUACUUUCGCUCGCUCGCUCGCAGCCUUUUAUUUUUUCGCUCGCUCGCUCGCAGCCUUAUCUCCUCUGUUUUCUUUUCUCUUCUGCGAGGCUCUCGAUGAAACAUCCCGACCUCGCCCCCAUCCAGACACCGAGCUCUCACUGGAUGUACCGUCGUUGCCGCUUGAGCCCACACACAGUCGCCGGGAUUUCGCCCCGCCCCCUCCUCCCCCUCCCCCACCAAGCUCGAGAGCACCGGCAGGAUCACCCCGUCCUUUCCCUCCGCGCGGGAGGUUAUGGCAGAGCAUCAGCCGGGGCGGCGGCGGUCUUCUCUUCGGCACACAGGGAGCCGAGCCGGGGCGGCGUCCCCGUGCCGUGUUGGUGGAGCCCCUCCUCCCGAUGGGUGGCUGGUGGCUCCGUUGCUCGCAGCAGCCCCCAUCGCUCGCCGGAUCUGGCGGCCGGCCAGCACGUGCGGGGACUUGGUUGGGCCCGUUGCCGGCGAGCACAAGUCGCUGCCGUCCGCCGCUUCCUCAUCUUUUGUUGUGCCUUGCGCCACCUAGCGCUCCCCCUUCGCCCCCCUGCUGCUUGCCAUGUAGGCGCCAUAGCCAUCGCUCCCUUGCCUCGCGCGUCACCAUCGCCUCGGUCCGACACCUCCAACUCCAAGCCACCGGCCAACGAGUGACACAAUGCCACCCCACCACACCACCACAAGCGCUACUGGCCCAGCGGGGCCAGUGUUGCUCCCCUCCGGCCUCUCUUUUGAGGUCAACCCUGAGCCUCCUUUGUCCCGCGGCUCCACCUCCGUUCCCGUCCACCAUGGCCUCUCCGUCUCGAUUCGUCCGUCGCAGGAUCCACGAUGGUCUCCUCCUCCAGGGAUCCGCCAUGGAGGUUGCCGCCUCUCCCGUCUCGAUCCGUCUGCCGCCGGAUCCACGGCGGAGCAGCCGAGAUCCCUCACCCGUUCCGCGACGCCUCGGCCCGCCAAGGCCAGCGCCGAGGACGACAAGGCGCGCAGGAAGGCCAAGGCCCUCACCAAGCAGCGGAAGGACUUGCGGGCUAGGCUCGCCUACCGCAAGCGCGCCCGCUAGCUCACGUCCAUGCCGGCCAAGGCCACCGCCGCGACACCAGGAACAACAACGCCAUGGAUCCCGAUGUGAAGCUCCACUGUAGCCUGAUCUGACCUGGGAGGGUGUCGCGCUGCGCUCGGGCGCCGCAUCAGGCGGCGGCGCGCGAGGUGGGAGGGGAGCACGGAGACGGGCGAGCAGAGACGAAGAAGGAGAAAAUGGAGAGGCGGGGCGGUGGCCAUGGCAGGGAGGCUACGCUCGGGGGCCACAUCAGGCGGCGACAACGAAGCGGGGGGUGUGCACCGAGACGAAGGACACGAGAAUGGAGGCGUCCGGGAGCGAGGACUUCGAUGGCGCCAUUCGCCCCUACUCCACACUUCGUCAGAACUCCAUCUGUUGGUUCUGCACUUAGGCCCAAGUUGAGCAUAUGUUAGAUGGUCUGGAUGACAUGGACGGCGCCGAGGAUGUCCCUUUUGAUGAGCUCAUCAUAGGCAUGCAAGGCUUAGUAUUUCACUUGGUUGAGAAUGCAAUUACAAUAUAUAUUACAUACAAGUCUGAUGGAUUCAAGAGAAUGAAGAGUGAAGAAUACUAUACUAUAAAUACGUCAACUAUAGAUAACCCUCCCAACUACAAUGUUGCACCUGACAACCUCCUACUCGACGAGGCCAAGCUAUCUGCAGGGGACCAUGCCGCUGGACGUUCCUAAGAUGUGUGCUGCUAGAUGACCUUCUUGCUGCUGCAACAACAAAUGCAGCUAACCAUGUAACUGCAGCUCCUGCUAACAUGCAAGCUGGAGGAGCACCGGGCAUAUUUGCUAUGAUGAUGAACAAAUAGGCAAAUGACUGCAUAAACAACUGCUGAUGGAGCUGUGGUUCUUGGAAAUCCAGUUGCUCCUCCUGUUAAUGGGGAUGUGUAUACGGAUAUCAGCCCUGAGAAUGUUGUGGUCCAGUGACACCGAGGUUUGCAUUAUUUCUGUCCUAGACUUGUGCAGACCAUCUUUCUAUGGAUGGUCUUCUGUUCAUAUUAAAUGUGAACUACCGCCUACUAAGAUGUGUUUCGAACUUAUUUUUGUGUGUGUGUGUGUGUGUGUGUGUGUGUGUGUGUGUGUGUGUGUGUGUGUUUGUGUGGGUUUGUGUGUGUGCAGAAGAUAGUGCAAAUGUGCUAAUUAUUCGAUUGAAACAUCUGCUGCAGAGGUUGAGGUAAUUAGUGCUACUUUAGCUGGUAUAAAGGCCAGACAAGUUGGAGAUGAGAUGGGCAUUUUAUCAUAUUGCUUUGCCUGUAAUAACCAAAAUUGAUUGAUUUAGUUUCACACAACAUAGAUAAUUAUGUCGUCAGGUUCAGUUUUACUUAUGAAAGUUGAACUUUUCAUAUA